AUGUCAGUUCUUCUUGUUGUUGUUGACAAUAUUAUAGUAGUAUCGGAAUUAUCAGAUAGAGUAUCGGAGGUAUCUGCAUUAUAUUCACCUGUACAAUUACUAAUACCUCAAGAGGUCAUCAAAGAUGGUAAUUCACGAGAAUCAUAA